UGCCUGUCUCUGUGCCUCUCCUCCUCGUCUCGCCUCCGCCUGCCCUCCCCUCCCCGGCCUUGGUUCUUGCGUGGGAUCCCACCCCGUGCUUCUUGCCACUGCCACUGUCAUGUGGGGCAGUCCAUUUUGUAGGGGAACACUUGUCAGGCGCCUUGGCGUGAGUUGGCAUAGGAAGAGCGGAAGAGGAAGGCUAAAAAAAAAGUUUCUUGUGGACUGACGACGACGCGGUGGUGAGUGGUGGUGAACAAGCUCCCUUCUCGUUCUCGCCUCUCGCCCUCACUCUCUUUACAGAGAGAGAGGCUUUCGCAGUUUGCGCUCCAGAGGCCAGAGCCUUAGACUGAUUUCAGGGGGAGCAUAGUCGAUGGAAUGCCUUGAGUUUGAUUGUUCUGAUUUAUUCCUGGAUGGCGAUGCGAUCGACUUCCCAUUGGAAAUCCAUCUUGAGUCCAACAGUUCAGCAGGCGCCAAAGCUGCGCCGGAUCAUAGGCGGCAUGCUCAGCUUCAUCGCAGCAAGGCCCCUGAUCCGCCACCGUUGCCUGGAACCUCUUAUGACGCGUGGAGAAUUUCUAGGAAGGCAAAGGCUUGUCGCCGCGUCCCUGAAGGCGUCGUCGAUUCCUGGGACAGGUUGUUCUUGCAGGGAUACCAAUCUGAUCUCCGUGUUUGGACAGACGAUGACACUGAAAUUCUUUCACAUUCCUGUGUUCUUGGUGUCAAAUCUCCUGUUCUGAGAGCUAUGUUGGAGGAAGCCAAAUUGAAAGAUGGUUUUCGGUGUAUUCGUAUUUCUGGCGCGCCUUCAGAAGCAGUCUGUGUUUUCAUCAGAUUUCUUUACUCUUCACGUUUUGAGCAGGAACAGAUGAAGAAGCACGUUCUGCAUUUGCUUGUACUCUCCCAUGUUUUCUCGGUGCCAUCUCUGAAGACGGUCUGCAUCGACCAACUCGAGAGGAAUUUCCUUGCUCCUGACAACGUGGUAGACAUGCUGCAACUUGCCAGAUUGUGUGACGCGCCUCGGCUCUCGCUCGUCUGCACCCGGAUGAUCAUCGGGGAUUUCAAGACCAUCUCUCUGACGGAUGGGUGGAAAGUAAUGAGACGGGUCAAUCCUACUAUGGAACAGGAGUUGCUCGAGUCUCUUGUCGAAACCGAUACAAAAAGGCAGGAAAGAGCUAAAAGGAUGGAAGAAAAGAAGGUCUAUCUGCAAUUGCACGAAGCAAUGGAGGCCCUUGUCCACAUAUGCCGAGACGGAUGCAGGACGAUCGGGCCUCGAGAUCAAGCGCUCAAGGGCAGUCUAGCAGCUGCCUGCAAGUUUCCGGCCUGCAAGGGCAUCGAGCUGCUCGUGCGCCACUUCUCGACCUGCAGAGUUCGGGUGCCUGGUGGCUGUGCCAACUGCAAGCGAAUGUGGCAGCUCCUCGAGCUGCAUUCCCGCAUGUGUUUCAUCCCGGACACCUGCAAGGUUCCUCUCUGCAGGCAUUUUAAGGAGAAAAUGCGGAAUCUGGGGAGGAAGGAAGAGACCAAAUGGAACCUUUUGGUGUGCAAGGUACUGGAGAGCAGAGGAACCAUGGCUUUUAUGCCAGAAAGGAGAAAAAAAUUAUCAAUCCUAACACCAGCUGGGAGUUGCCACGUGGCUCCUCUUGUAGGACCUAUUUGAAACACCGAAAGUUCGCAGGGGUUUUAUGUAAGACGGGAAGGGGAUCAGGAGGAGCUGGAACAAAAAAAAAACCGUCAGAACAGUUGUUGCGUGACGAUACUUAAAAAAGAGAAACAAAUAUAUAUUUUUGACCAUCCAUCUAUAGUUUGAGGAAAUUUUGUACCACCAAUUACUAUUAGUAAUGGAAAAUUUAAAUUUGUCCA